UUUUAUAAACUGGCUCUUAUUCGUUCUUUAGCAUGUUUUUCAAUUUUUUCUUCUUUCAAUUGUUUGUAUAACCUAACGUAAUCUGUAAUUUCUUCUGAGAUUAUCAUUAGUUCUCGUGUCUGAUUUAUAUGUGUUUGAUCUAUGGGAAACGGGAGUUUAGUGCACGCGCUUACCUAUAGUCCAGAUUCGUCAACUUUAAUCACAAAUUCACCCAAAAUAGCGAAAAACGGAAGCCAUAUAAAUCUUAGUGGAAAAGUAACAAAUUUCGAGUAUGCCGAUGCAUGUAAAAAUAAAAAUUUGAACGAAGUCGUGCGUCCUUCGGAAUCCACCACAUUAAUCGCAAUUAAAAAGUCGGAGAACUCAUGUAUCAGAAGAAUGCAGAGUUUUGAUAAGAACAUAAUGGUAGAAAUAAAAUCGGGAAAUUUAAAAAAUAUUUCUCACAAAAUAUGUCAAAGUCAUAAUAGAAAACUGCUUAACGAUAUUUUUGAAACUGUUGCCAAUCUCGAGUCAAGUUUGAGUAUUUCCCGAAAUUUGGAAUUCGAGCACUGCCUUAAAUAUUCCACGUUGAUAUCGAAAAAUGUAAAAUUGCAUCUUGAUUUGCAAAAUGCGUUCAAGCGUAAUAAAACUAUGCUCAAUCUAUUUCGACAAAACGUUGGAUUUGGAACAACGGCCCGGUUGCCACGUUCACUGAAAAGAGAAAUACAGCGAACGUGGCAUGAAAAGUACGAUGCCUUGUUGAAGGAAAAUUCACAAUUGAAAAAAGCAGCAGAGUCGAUGCAACUCCUAACGAAGGAGAAGGAUAGUCAGAUAGACACGCUUGAAGAGAGGCUUCUAAACAUGGCCGACAACCUCCUCGAACGAGAAGACACAAUAAAGAAUAUUUGUAUUAAAUAUUUAUCAUUAAAAAGUCGCAAAGACGAACAAGAGACAUUACUUCGAGGAACCAUAGUAACAUUACAAGUGAGUUUCAUAUAACGGGUGUCCGUGAUAUCGAGAAGUGAAGUCAAAAUUUUCCGUGCUAAAUAAAGUGUUUCUCGCCGGUUUCAGGACACGUUACAAAAGAUGCAAAACAAAAAUCAAAAACGUCAUUAAAUCCGAUUAAAUCGUUCAUAAUAUGUACACAUAAAA